AUGGACCCCUCAACACCAUACUGCGGGGAGCUGGCAUCGCCUGGCUGGUUUCAGCCCGUGCUCUCUGUUUUGAUCAUCAUCGGCAUCCUAAUCUCCUACCUCCCCCAACACAUCCGCAUCAUCAUCCGACGAAGUUCAUUCGGAAUCUCCCCCUACUUCGUCCUCUUGGGCACGACGUCCGGCACCUCCGCCUUUGCCAACAUCCUUGUCUUUCCCAAGACCGCCGCAGAUGUCGCCUGUUGUCAGGAGAUUAGCGGAUUCGCUUGUUUUGCUGGGUUACUGGGUGUGUUCCAGAUGGGCAUGCAAUGGCUGUGCUUCUUCUCUAUCCUACUCCUCUUCGUGAUCUACUUCCCUCGCGCAACCUCGCCCACAGACCCCACACACUCGGUAUCCUCGACCUCAAACGGGUCGACAUACCGCACGGCGCUGGCCAUAACCGCAAUCUGCCUCCUCCAUGCCUUAGCGACCGUCAUUAUUUCCGUCGCCUUCGCCAUCCGUCAGCCCUCCGCGCUUCAUGCUUGGGCAAACUUCCUCGGAAUCGUUGCCGCCAUCUUAGCUUCUAUCCAGUACUUCCCUCAGAUCUACACUACCUACCGACUUCGCUGUGUCGGCAGCUUGAGCAUCCCGAUGAUGUGCAUUCAAACACCUGGGAGCUUGGUGUGGGCGGCCAGCUUAGCUGCUCGCGAGGGCGCCAAGGGCUGGAGUAUCUGGGGUGUAUUGGUGGUCACGGCUUGCUUGCAAGGGACGCUCUUGGUGAUGGCGAUCUACUUUGAAUACUUCGGGCCGGAGAGCAAGCAGAAAAUUGUGCACCAGGCUGACCAGGACGGCUAUGUCAACGGCUCUGGAGCUGACAGGUCGGAGAGACAAGUGUCUGCGCAAGAACCGAUGCACGCAGAGCGGCCUUCGGAGGAAACUCCACUGCUCCAAAGCCAGUGA